AAGCCACUGAAACCGAAAUCAUCUUUCACUGUGAUACUGUCUCACAUUCUCCAACCCCAGCAACGAAGAAAGAUGGGGAGAAAUCCGGCACUCUUGCUAGUCUUAUUCAGCCUACUAGUUGGUUUAGCAGUUGCAGACUGGAACAUUUUGAAACAGAGAGGAUGGAGCAAUGGCUUGAACUUGAAGAUUUCUCUGAAGAACUACUGUGAGAGCUGGAGAAUCAAUGUCGAACUCAACAACAUCCGGGAGUUCGACGUCGUUCCUGAUGAAUGCGUCGACUACAUUGGAAAAUACAUGACCUCGUCUCAGUACCAGGUGGAUUCUGAGAGGGCACUCGAGCAAUGCACUCUGUAUCUCAGCAGUAGCUUUGCUUGGGCCGGUGAUGGGAAAGAUGCGUGGAUCUUUGACAUAGAUGACACACUCCUUUCGACUGUUCCUUACUACAAGCAGCAUCAUUUUGGGGGAGACAAGUUGAACCUGAGCUCGUUAGAGGGAUGGUUAAAACAGUGCAAGGCCCCAGCCCUUGAACACACACUCAACCUAUAUAAUGAAAUCAAAGGCAGAGGACUUAAGAUCUUUUUGAUUUCUUCAAGAAGGGAACAUCUUAGAGAAGCCACUGUUGACAAUCUUCUCAAGGUUGGAUACUCUGGAUGGACUGAGCUUAUACUAAGGGUUCCUGAGGAUGGAUGCCAGGAAGUACAGAAAUACAAAGCUGAGAAACGGAAACAGUUGAUCGAUAAGGGAUAUCGCAUUUGGGGAAUUGUUGCAGAUCAAUGGAGUAGCCUCAAGGGACUCCCUACCGCCAAGAGAACAUUCAAGCUUCCCAACUCCUUGUACUACGUUGCCUGAGACACCCUACUCUGUCAUUCAACCAGCCUACGGUCAGGAAGAGUUCUACUACUUAUUAACGUAGUAUAGCUGAGAAUAUGAGAUAAGGGAACGCAUUGCAACGUGGUCGUUCCAACUCUUAUGUCAUCUCUUUCGAUCUGUUAUUUUAUUUCAUGAAUGAUUUUAUUUUAUCUUUCUUUCUCUUU